AUGUCAACCAACAUGGCAAGCUUUCUUCUCAUAUCCUUAGUUCUACUACCAUGCACAUUCCUUGUUUGGAACAUCCACACCUUCUCCAUCAACUACUCCCGCGCCCCCGGCCGCUUCCUCCUCCCCAUCUUCGAGCGCGUUCCCUUCGACCCCGGAAACUUCACACGCUUUUGCCGCCACGGUUUCGAGAUUGGCGAUACAUACCACUGGGUUGACGAGUUCGGCGACGCCUUCGUCACCGUGUCGCCCGCGAAGAUAUAG